AGCACAGAAGAUGCCUUGAAAACGACCCAUUGUCGUUUAUAGGCCAUAUUCUCGAAGAUGGAUUGAAGCUAAGUAAACUGGAUUUUGUGGAAUCAGAAUCAGGAUCAGUAGCGUUUUGUUUUCUCGUAUUUUUUUCUUGUUUUGGUUACCUUUUAUGGUGCUGAAGAACGUGAAAUUGAAAGUGUGGCUCGAUAGAUUUUAAGAUUUUGAAUCAAGUAUUUGAUCUGUCUGGAGUUUGAUAAGAUGAUGCUGCAUUUUCGAGAACCAGCAAAGCUUAAAACCAAGAAAAUUAUUUUCGAGGAUAUCUUCGCUGCACGUGAUUCUGCCACAUUGGAGCACUUGAAGGAACUGAGCUGUAAGCGUAGAAUAAUCGAGGAUUCCAUAAAUCAAAGCAGCUAUAUUACAGAGGCCAUUGCAAGAGAGAUCUCUGGAGGAUUAACUUGCCCAUUUCAACAGGACCUUCACAAACUGGAACAAUAUCUACCAUUGCUGGAAAACUUGAUUUUUCAUGUUGAUUUGGUUAGCAGCAACCAGCGUUUAGUUCAGUGGACUUCAGAACUCAAAAUAAGAUGGAGUAGUGCCCUUAGCUCAUCAUAUUUUUUUAAUCUUAUGGGUCCCAAGUUUUAUCAAAUUGAUAAUUUACGGUUUGAGCUUGGUAUGAUUCUUUUCCUCUAUGGUGCAAUACUUAGAGAGAGAGCUCUAGAAAUCCUCCAGGCAGAUUUGGUACAAUCUGCUGCUCUCUUAAGAGAAGCAGCAGGAGUAUUUCAACAUCUGUCUCAAGAGGUUUUCCCCUCUUUGCAUACAGCUUUGCCAGCUGAAAGGCCAGCUGAAGCUACUUCAUGUAUGUGUGAUGUAAUGAAGUUAAUUUGUCUGGCUGAAGCCCAGGCAGUAACUAUUAGGAAGGCUGAAGAAAAAGGAACUACUGUUGCUCUUUUGGGGAAGCUGCACUAUGGUGUUGCAGAGAUACUUGGUGAAGCUACAAAUAUUCUAUAUUCAACAAAUGGAGAGUGCAAAGAUAUUUCAUCUCGCUUCUUGGAAUUUAUAUCAUCUUGCAAAGCUCUUCAUGAAUUAAGGAGUCAGAAAUACCUUGCAGAAAGUCUAAAGGGUACUUCCCAAGUCGGGGUUGCUAUUGGAGUUCUUUGUAAUGCAUUGCAGAAUGUGACAAAAAAAAUGCCAGGGGAAGAAUCACAUAAUUCUGUCUUUAGAAAAGAAAUUGAUGCUGCUGCUGAUUUGCUUAGGAAGCUUGAACAUGAGAAUGAAUUUGUCUGGCAUGAUAAGAUUGCCAGUGGUGAUGAGUUGCCAUCUCUCCAAGGCAACAGAAUCGUGAAUGCUAUUCCUUAUCAUCCCAAAAGAUGGGAAAGAGAACUUGUUUUCAAGCUAUAAAUAAAUACUAAGAACUGCAUCUGUACAGAACCUGUUCUGUUUGAAACCUUGAAGCGUAUUGUGCAGGAGUGAUGUAAGAAUUACCAACUUUAAACCAUUCUCGUACAUUUCUGGGACUGUUCUAAGGCCUUUUGGCUGACAAGAAGAGGACUGAGCUAGAUUUGUUGUUGGCUUGCGUUGAAUGACCGGGAUCUUGUGAUAUUUUUUUAUGAUUGAUUAUAUACUGGCAGGCUCUUUCUGUGCACAACUUAAAAGA